AUGGAUGAUUCCUGGCUGAGUUUUAUUGUCCAGUAUCCAGAUCUAGCGUCUAGUACACUGAAGUACUGUGCUCUGGCUAGUCUUGAUUUGAACCACCUGUCAGUCGUGAGGAGUGAGGUCAUCCUCUCAGUUUACAUCAUUUCUUUCCUCAUGGGCCUGCCGGCCAACCUCCUGUCUCUCUAUGCGUUCAGCGUGAAGAUCCACUCCAGGCUGCUUCCAACAGACAUCCUGCUGCUCAACCUGACUGUCCCGGACCUGCUCUUUUUCAUCAUCCUGCCUCUGAGGAUGCACAAGGCUGCGUCAGGCAUGAAAUGGCAUUUGUCCAUCUUCUUGUGCUCCAUCACCACCUUCACGUUCUUCUCCACAAUCUACACCAGCUCCCUGCUACUGAUGGCAGUCAGCGUGGUCUGCUACAUUGGGGUAGCUUUCCCUGUCACCUACCAUCAGCUGCUCAAACCUGUGUACGUGAUAGUCGUCAGUGCUGUUAUUUGGCUUAUUUCAGCAGCACACUGCAUCAUCACUUUCAUCAUCCAGCACCACCCGUCACUCGCCAGCAAAAACUCCCAAGUCUACUAUGAGAACUUUUCUGAGAAGCAGUUGGAGAUCCUCCUCCCUGUACGUUUGGAGUUUUUCUGCCUCAUACCUCUUCAGAUUUGUGUUUUCUGCUACUUGCGCUGCAUUACGAUCCUGUACAGCCGCCCAAGGAUAUCCCAGAUGCAGAGGCAGAAAGCCAUCGGCAUGGCCUUGGGGACUCUCGCUGUGUUUCUCAUUUGUGUGCUGCCAUACAACUUCUCUCAUGUCCUGGGUUACUUCCAGGGUGAGAGCCUGCAAUGGACAUACACAUUGCUGCUUUGCACCUUCAACACCUGUAUUGAUCCCAUGAUCUUCUACUUCUCCUCCUCUUUCCACUGCACAAGUAAAAAGUAA